GCAGCUUGUAAAAGCAGUAAGAAAAGUCCCUAAAACAACUGCCUAUCAAUUAUCCAAACAACUUGAAGAAUUAAACAUUAUAGCAAGUGAAAAGACUGUCAGGCGAACUUUACACACUAAAAAUAUUUAUGGUAGGAAGGCUGUAAAGAAGCCAUUAAUUUCUGCAAAAAAUAGGAAAAAAAGAUUAUUUUGGUGUCAUGCAAGAAAAAAUUGGGGAAAUGAAUGGGAUAAAAUUAUAUUCAGUGAUGAGAGUAGGUUCUUACUAUUUCAAAACGAUUCAAAUGAUUAG